UUAGUCCGAGCAUUGGUUGAUAACCACCACGUUAUGACAGAACUGAACUCGGAAUAUAUUCGUCACAAGAGCAUAGGGAAAGACACAAUGAGUGAAGGUACCGUCGAUAUGAGAAUAGACCCCGCCCGUGCAAAGACACUGGUGUCGAACCUUCAGCAUGUUUCUGGAUUGAUCUCGAGCAGAGCUCAAGGAAGAAAGGUGAGGUUAGUCGCCGUUUCCAAACUGAAGCCGGCAGCCGAUAUCUUAGCACUGCAUCAAGAGAUCAAGCAAGAGCACUUCGGUGAGAACUACGCCCAAGAGUUGACCGAGAAGGCGGAAGUACUGCCGAAAUCGAUUAAAUGGCACUUUAUCGGCGGCCUGCAGUCAAAUAAAUGCAAACCCCUUGCCUCCACCAUUCCCAACCUCUGGGUAGUGAGCUCGAUUGACUCCAUCAAGAAAGCAACCCAGCUGGACCUCGGCCGCGCCUCGCUCUCCCCACCUGCCACUACCCCGCUUUACGUGCACGUCCAGGUCAACACCUCCGGCGAGGAAGCCAAGUCCGGGUGCCAGCCUGGCGCGGAGACGCUCGAGCUCUGCAGGCACAUCAAGGACAACUGCGCGAACCUGCAACUGCUGGGCCUAAUGACCAUCGGCGCGAUUGCGCGGUCCCAGGCCACAACGCCGGAGAACGAGAACGAGGACUUUGUGGCGCUGACGAAGGAGAGGGAUGCGUUGGUGAAGGAGCUGGGUGGAGAACUGGAGCUGAGUAUGGGGAUGAGUGAUGAUUUUGAGGGCGCGGUAGCGAUGGGGAGUGGGGAGGUGAGGGUGGGGAGUACGAUUUUUGGGACGAGGCCGGCGAAGGCGGAUUUCAGUGUCAAGGGGUAG